AUGCGAGGCUUAUCUACAAGGAUUCUCUUGCGAUCUAAGAGUAUUACUGCCAUUACAUUUGGUACCUUUCCACUGGUGAUACUGGCAAGAUACCACGCGACAAAAAUACCCGACGCCCACUUCCAUAACCCAUCGUCUUUGGAUUUAUUGCGAUUCACUCUCACAGCUUCGACUUCACAAACAGAGCCCAAUGACAAUGUCAACUCAAAUUUACAGCAACAAGUUUUAGAUCUUCUUGACACGGAGUGGCCGCUCAACAAACACAAUCCACCUCCAUCCCUAUGGUGUUCUCUAAAGGGUGUUCAUCCCAUGCACCGAAAUGAAGAGGUAACCCGCCUUCGUCGAGUGACUGAACUUUCUGAUUUGAAACACAUGGUCGAGAAAUUGGUUGUUGAUGAGGAGGGAGCGCUAGGCCUACAGGCAAAAGGAUGCAUGCCUUUAUUUGAGGCACUCCAACGCUGUGCGCUUCAUAACACCUGUAGUGAGAUUGUUGCCGCCAUCGAUGAUAUCAUCAUCAGACUGGCCCGACUUGAUUUGCCCCAAAAAUCACAGCUAUUUGAGAUAGGGAUGUGUUAUGCCUCUCUCCAACUAUCAGUCCCGGACAUUGAGCGAUUCUUCCAUGGUUAUAUUCAGUCGAGUUUCCAGCAGGGUACCCAAUCGCUGGAUUUUGCAGAUCAUAUCAUCCAAGCAUUGUAUGCAUCAGUUGAAUCAGCAAUAUUUGAGAAUAAGAAUUACGACACAGAUGUUCUUCCCACUCAGAUUAUAGGUGAACCUGGCUCAAGUUCACAGAAAGCAUUCAGACUACAUGACAUAUUGCGCAGGGUAUGCCCAGGAGAUCGAGUUUACCUCACCACAUACCUCCAGUUACUCUCAAUGCUCCGGAGACCAGAAAUCGUCGUUGAAUUAUGGGCUGAACUAUUACAUUUUCUCUGUGAGGAUAAUAAAAAAGCUUACCACUCUGCAUAUAGUAUCGUUCAGAUCCUGACUCGGACUGAACAACCAGAAACGGCCUUGAGACUAUUGGAAAAGCUCUCUACAAACUGUGGUAAUGAUUUACCGCACAUAUCAUCAUUCCAUGGUCUGCAGGCUUUCCUAGAUAAUGUCAUAAUUGCUAAGGCACUGCCUGACUUGGUCAGUGAUGGCCAUUACAUAGAGCUGCUUGGUAUGUGCCUUCAAAACAUGGAAGAACAACUGGGCAUACGAUGGUCAAGAACUCGAAUGCCAGGAGUACUAAACGAACUCAAAACCCAUCAAAGCAUCACUCCGGGUUCUCCAUGGAAGCUAUUUGAUGAGCAGCCUCUACUCACUAUUGACGGCGAUUGUGCUGGAUAUGACGAUAUAUCUCGAUUUUUUGCAGUACUUCUGGCACAUGGGUCCUCAAAAUCAGCAAAAGAAUUGGGCCUCAUUGUGGAUUUAUUGCAUGAUCAAGACGGAAAUUCGCAGAUGGUUAGCGCAAAAAAAUUAGACCCAGUACUUAGGCGCGCCGCUUGGUUAAAAUCUCCAUCUUUGGAGCUUCUGUGGUGUCCUCAACACUCGCCGAUUGAGUUUUCCAACUCCCAACUGCCCCGUUUGACGGAUUUUGAGAGAAUGUGGACCCCAGCCUCCCUCGGCCUGAUACGUGCAAGCAUUUCCACUAACAGCGAAACUCGAUCAUGCUUUGGAAGCCUACAUCUCAUGCAGUUGGGUCUUCUGGAAAUGCGAGAUGGACCAAACAACCCUUGGCAACCCUCAGGAUACAUUGUGGCUUGGGACCGCCAAUUCAACGAAAUGAUCGCCCUUUUUGUUGGGAAGAGUGCCGGGGUUAUUGACUGUGGAUUUACAUCACCAGAGGCUCUCUUGGGGACUGUGGUACAUCUCCAACUCUCCCACGUGCAAAAAGAUUUGUCCUUAUUUCCUAGCUCCUUUCUUCGGAAAUCGGCUGCUUCAUACUACUUGGAAGUAGAUCCGAGCCCAGAUCUGGAGUUCUGA